AUGCUACGUCAAGAACUAUGUCAGUUGAAGCAGCAGUGUCUUUUUUUCCGACAGUGUUUGGAUUUUCUAGAUAAAAGUUUUCUUCAUGGCCUUGAAGACUGGGAAUCUGACCUUGGCACGAGAAACAUUAGGCUCAGAUGGGUGUCAAAGGCCACUCGUAUCAGGAUAGACAUACCUCCUCUGUCACUGCUUCAGAUAAACUGGAUGAAGAUGUAUCAAACCUCAAACCUACUGUAUCAAGGAAGAGGAUUCUUGAUGCGGCGGAGUCCAUUGAAAAUUCGUGUUCUAUGGAAGAGAAGCUACAUCAACGUGCAUUACUUAAACUUUCCCUACUUGAUGGGUUCCUCAAUGGCCAAGAGAAAGAACAUGAAGACAUUCUGCAAGAGAAUCCGAGCAGAAAGGUUGUUAGACUGCAAGAGGAGAAAGAUGUCACAGGAGGAAAUGAAAAACAUUCAUCAUUCAGAAAACUCAGAGGAGCCCAAACGCAAUGUUGACUUAGGUGAUGAUCGAGCUGAUGCUUUUGUGCGUGCUUCACCACGUCGAGUAGAUGUGAUGAGAAUUGGUUGGCAUUUGAUGGGUGGAGAGGAUGAUAAAUUUGGAAGGAACCAGUGCCUUCCGCAAGACUUCGAUGAAAUGGCUACUUGUGAUUAUAUGAGAUUACUGGACUUAGCUGAUGACGAAAGCUCUUACCUUCGGGCCAUUGCCAUGCCUCUCUCUCCUCUGCCACCUGAGCUUAAUAUUCAUGGAGCCAUCAAGUUGAAGGCCAUAGUGAACAUGAAGCAUCAAGCAAGAAGGCGUUUGAAGAGAGUUGCUUAUGCAGGCGAAAACCCGACGGCGGCGAAAGCCCUUUCGUCUUCUCCGUCUGAAUCCGACAUGGAGAAAGAGCCACUCCUCUCUUACUACAGAAAACCCCAAAUAACGCCGUCGGUCCCACCUCCGUCACUCUGCCCUCUCCCGGAAGAUGAAGAAAUUACCAUUCCGCCCCUUCCCCUCACCCCCUCCUCAAGGGAAUUCAAGGACAUGCUCAUAUUUGGCUCCCCUUCAUCUUCAUCCUCGUCCCACCUCAAAGAUUCUUCUACCAAUCUCCUCGAAGCCCUAACCCUAACCCGUAUCUCUCCCAGAUGUUCAGCUGCCAAUAUAAACGAUGGGCCGAUUAAUAUCGACCCGGAAAGCCAAACCUCUUGGCUGGUCGAUCCCAAUUAUACAUUCUCCAAGAGCAAUCUCCACAGAUCCAAAACAGCACCUGCAAUGGCCACAAUCAACGAAAUCGAUCAUUCUUCGAAAACUAAGCCACCCCAGCUCGGCAAAACAUCGAUCGUGAGGCAAGGCAUUGUUCUCUUGAUCAUCUAUUUGAGUCUUGGUGUGGUUAUAUACUCUCUGAAUAGGGAUCAUUUCAGGGCAAGCCAAACGCACCCUGUAGUUGAUGCUCUGUAUUUUUGCAUUGUGACUAUGUGUACAAUUGGGUAUGGCGAUAUAACUCCUGAUAGUACACUGACUAAAUUGUUCUCCAUCACAUUUGUGCUUGUGGGUUUUGGUUUUAUCGAUAUCCUGUUGAGUGGUAUGGUUAGUUACAUGCUUGACUUGCAAGAGACUUAUCUGUUGAGGAGUAUCAAGAGUGCUCGUGACCCGGGUUCUUAUAUAUUUGAUGUGAAGAAAGGUAGGAUGAGGAUUCGGAUGAAAGUUGCUUUAGCUUUGGGUGUUGUUGUUCUCUGUAUCGGCAUUGGGGCUGCAGUUAUGCAUUUUAUCGAGAGAUUGAAUUGGCUCGAUUCUUUCUACCUUUCGGUUAUGUCGGUUACUACAGUUGGAUAUGGUGAUAGGGCUUUCACUUCCUUAACCGGCCGAAUUUUCGCUUCUAUUUGGUUACUCGUGUCUACACUUGCGGUUGCUAGGGCGUUUCUGUACUUGGCCGAGGCAAGAGUCGAUAAGCGUCACCGGAUGAUGGCGAAAUGGGUGCUCGGUCAAGAUAUGACUGUGGCCCAAUUUCUUGCAGCCGACAUAGAUAACAAUGGUUUCGUUUCAAAAUCGGAAUAUGUAGUUUAUAAGCUCAAGGAGAUGGGCAAGGUUUCAGAAAAAGACAUAUUGCAGAUUUGUCAACAGUUUGAACGACUCGAUGCGGGUAACUGUGGAAAAAUCACUCUUGCCGAUCUUAUGGAAAGUCAUCACUAA